UCCAGUCUUCAUUUUCCUGUCUCUCGCUUUAUUGCUAGUGUUUAAUUCCGAUAACCUGAUUCUUCCUACAUUCGCUACCAGCGCUUUCGCCAAUUGCCAUGGUCUACCGCCUCCCACCGCUGGGCUCCGUCCUAGUGCCCCUCACGCUAUUUCUCCAAACAGCUCUUUCAGCUGGUGACUACACCACUUCGAACAAUACAACGCCACACGACAAUACCGAAAACUGUACCUGCUAUGUCGUCAAUUCCGGGGCCGACUCGAACACCCCUGAAUACUUUCAAUACUACCGCUUCUUCGACUUCCGGAACCUCGCGGAUGAACCCGGCCAAUAUGUGGAUGCUCCACCACUCGUCAAUGACACUCAAGACGCCGGCGACGAGGACGUAUGGGACGCGAAUAUCCUAAACAGCGAUGCUUGGAACACGGACUGGGGGAUCCAGAACUGGAGCAAACCGGCUACGGAAGAUUUCCCAACCCGCAUGGUGAACUCUCCUGCCAAUAUCUUCAUUUCACAGAACGACGAUGAAAAUGAUGCCUUGACGUGGCUCACGCUCCGCACCACCCGACUGGAGGACUUCCAAUCUGCCGCAGAGAUCGAGAACGAACAAAAGAACGUCAUGCACGUAUCGAUGCGGAUGUAUGCCAAGGUCACUGGUUCUAAGGGAGCGGUUGCGGGCUUCUUCACCUUCUUCGACGAUACCAACGAGUCCGAUAUCGAGAUCUUGACCGACGAUCCUACCGAUGUGAUCAGGUACACGAACCAACCUGCCGUCGACAAAGAGGGCAACGAAGUCGCAGCGGCUUCUUUGGCGCCCGACAGGCUUCCCGCCUGGGAUGACUGGCAAACCCACCGCAUUGACUGGCUCCCAAAGAACAGCUAUUGGUACCUGAACGACAAGCAAGUCGCCGCAAACACGUACUCGGUCCCGCGGAAGCCAAGUGGACUCGUCGUCAACAUGUGGAGUGACGGAGGAGAGUGGUCCGGAAACAUGAGUGUAGGAGACUCGGCCGAGUUCCAUAUACAGUGGAUUGAGAUGACUUUCAAUACCAGCGGGCCAGUUGAGGGCGCCCCGGGCGGAAACAAGAAGCGGGAUCUAGAAAUAUUAGAGACGAGGAAGGACAAGGGAUGCAAAGUUGUUUGCAAGAUUGACGGGGUCAAGACAGUGGGAACCCCAGAGGUCGUUAGCGUCGCCAUGGCUGCUGGCGUUUCUGUAUCGUGGGGCCUUCUGGCGUUUGUUGGAUUGGUGUCGUUGCUUGCGGCUUUGUAAUGUACGCGGGCAAUUUGGGUAAAAAAAGGAUCUCGGGCUUGUUGAAUAAAAGGCGUGGCGGUGGAUUGUACCAGAUCAUGACCAUUCACAUUAAUUGACGGCAUUCAAGGCUCAUGCGAGCGUAAGACGGUUUCACGAUGC